GGGGGAACUGACGAGUGUGUACGUGUGGCAGGCUGUGCUGUGCAUUCGCCUCCACUGAAUCCGCGGAUCACACGGGCUGUCAACUUUAUUUUGGAAAAUGACGAAAAUCACAGUAGUCAAAACCAAGGCAUAUCCCGACCAGAAGCCUGGUACGAGUGGCCUGAGGAAAAGGGUGACAGUCUUUCAAACGAAUGAGCACUAUGCAGAGAACUUCAUUCAGAGCAUUAUUUCUUGCAUCGACCCAGCGGAGCGUCAGCCUGGACUGCUCGUAGUGGGAGGAGAUGGAAGGUUUUUCAUGAAAGAAGCCAUUCAGUUGAUCAUCCAGAUCGCCGCUGCUAAUGGGGUCAGUAAUAAUUCUGUCAUUGUCCAGCUGUAGUCCCUAAAACAUGACUCUUAAACCUAGGCCUCAUCCUCAAAUGUGCACAGCAUUAGCAGCUAGCAGCUAGCCUAGCAUCUUUGACAGCUCCCGGUGUUGACAGUGGCAGCUCCAAUCAGUGAUACAUUGUAGCGCGUCUCAUUGAUUGUAUUGAAGUUUGGCGGAUAUAUUGUUGCUGGUCCGGAUACAUUCAUUUCAAUUGUUGUCAUAUAGACUAAAAUAACUAUCAGCCCGAGCCUACAUUUGCUUAAGCUAUAUUAAUUUUGAAAAUAUAGGCCUAGAUGACAAUUCUCUCUCCAUAUCAAAUAACAUGCAUAGGAUAAUUGUGAAGAAAGUAUUGGAUCCUCAUGGACUUUGAAGUUCGCUGACGUGCUUGCCCCAUGUAUCGGAACGUGAUAGGGGUCAGUGGAGUUCCUAAACUGUCUCUGGUGCUAAAUGACCCCGCUGAUCUUUCGAUGAAGUGCACGGAGAUGGCAUGUUAAAUGGUAGGAUACCCUUGCCCUUUCCCCAGGUGACGCAAAACAACACUACACCAUCCCGUUCUCCUAAUGUAGCCUAAUCAGUCAGUGGGCGCUCUUCCUUGCCACGAAUGUUUAGUAUACAAACAAAGACAACGGUUCUCUGCAAGGUUGUAGUAAUCGGAAAAAGUGCAACAUUGAGGGGUUGUUUUAUUAGGAGAGACUGUUUUUGGAUGUCGGUGACACAGCCGGGUUCUGUUCGUUCCCUCUGCGACUUUAGAGGAAGGCGUGGUGGUGUGCUGUCACGUAACCCUGCGGUUUGCAUUACAGAGAGAUGGGCAUUGGGUACACAGGCACAUGUUAAACUAGACACACAAUUACCUCCUCGCUGAACACGAUGUACAGACAGACCGAUGUCAUUAUCACAUCAUAUAGCUCCAAUAUGUUCAGUCCCAUUAUGAUCCUUCAACUCUACUCUUUAUGCAUCUUAUUCAUGAUGAGUAAUGUAUUGGUGCGUUUUAUUUGCUACCAAUGUCAUCCUCACUUUUGAUGUAGGCCUAUUAUGUAAGUUAAAGGGGAUGUUACCCUGAUGUAGUCACAAAUACACAAUUACACAAUAAACUAAUGAAAAUAAUAAUUUGGGAAGGGUUUAUAUUAGUCCACAAGUAUGUAAUAGAAAUGUGUUUCUUGCUGAUCCCUUGAGCAAGGCACUUAACCACAAUUGGUCCACCCCCCAGGCCCCUGGACCAAUUGGGGUUAAGUGCCUUGCACCCCCCCAGGCCCCUGGACCAAUUGGGGUUAAGUGCCUUGCUCAAGGGAUCAGCGAUUUAUUUUUUACCUUGUCAGCUCCAGGAUUCGAACCGGGGAACUUUCGGUUACUGGCCCAAUGCUUUAAUCUCGAGGCUAUAUGCUGCCCCGUAGUCAUAGCAAUAUCGUAAACACAAUAUCCUACCUACCCCCCCAAACAUUGUUUACUUUACAUACUAUCCCGUGUCACUCAGUUGCUUGUUUAGCUCCCACAUAGCAGCCUGACCUCACCACUGGCAUGGCGUGUUGAAUCCGUAUACUCCUCUCCUAUUUCCAUCUUCACAGUGUGUAGACUGAAUAGGUGAAUGGAAUCAAAUAAAUAGGACGUACGGUAUGUAAAGGAGUGUACAGCACAUUCACUAAAUGUUGCUAGUCAUACAAAAGCUGGCCUCAAUCUUCGUUAGGAGAGAUGUCAAGCACUCCAGUUCCAGUGAAAUAUAUUCACAGGGGUUUCUAAAUGUGUGUGUGUGUGGUUUUCUGAAAGUACAGAGUAAAGAAAUUGUAAUUAGUAUGCAAUAUUGGUACAAUAUCAGGAUAUAAACAGCAAGACAAUAUCACAGCGGUAAAAUAAUAAGCAACUAUUAGAAUAGUAAGGCAUAUUGACAAUAUGACCUUUAUAUUGCACCAUUCAUUAACAUAGGCAAAACCUAAUUAAAAAGCUCCACAAGGGGGCAGGGCAGAGCUAUACAAUGAACAGGCCAAAUGGCUACACAAGCCAAAGGGCCAUGAUGACCACUUCAAAGGAGUAAUAGAAGCUAGCAUUUCUCAGACGCCAUAUUAGCAUACAGAUUACAGAACUAAUGGAGAAAUGUACAUAACCACAUGAAAGGAAAAGAUACCAUAACGGCUAUGAAAUGAGUAUAAUAAAGAAGGCUGUCUACACAUUCUCUAUACAUGUACCAAUUAUUGGGUAUAUACCACCACGUGCAAAUCAAUUAGCUAGCAAUGGAAAAUAACUUAACUCUGUUUGCUUAAGUAGAAACAACAUAGCAUGAUUACAUCAAAGAAAUAUGCAUUAUGAUAAGGUACUUGCUGUUGCAUGAAUGCAAACAUGUACAAAGUGAUUAUCGGUAAUGAAACAACAAAAGGCCAGGAGGAAAAUGCGCUGCUCCACUCAAUAAGUUUGGGCAGGUUCUGACCAGAGAAUAUGCACAUGUGGGCAUGUGCAGAAUGGCAGGGAAUAUUGUACACAGUAUAACAUAUAAAGAAAUGACAUCAGAGAAUGAUAAUUGGCCCAUUGUUCUCUCCAACCCUCUCUUUCUCUCCUGUCUCCAUGUAGAUCGGCCACCUGAUCAUCGGUCAGGAUGGCAUCAUGUCCACCCCUGCUGUGUCCUGUGUGAUCCGCAAGCUCAAAGCUGUGGGAGGAAUCAUCCUUACGGCCAGCCACAACCCUGGUGGCCCCAACGGAGACUUUGGCAUCAAGUACAACAUAGCCUCCGGAGGUGAGAUGGGACAGGAGGGUGAGGAGAGGGAUAGGAAGGAGAGAGAUGACAUGGAGAGGUAGGAAGACAGGAAGUGGAUAAACAGGGAAGGGAGGAGAGAGACCAGUGAGAGAUGGGGACAGGGGAUGAGACGGUGCUGGCGGGUGACAUUUAAACUUCACUGACCUUUGUGACGAAGAUUUACAUGUACAGUUUGGUCAUUUAGCAGACUCUCUUAUCCAGAGCGACUUACAGUUAAUGCAUUCAUCUUAAGAUAGCUAGAUGGGACAACCACAUAUCACAGUCAUAGUAAGUACAUUUUUCCUCAAAGUAGCUAUCGGCAAAGUCAGAGCUAGUAAGAGUUUCAGGAUAGGGUGAGCAGAACAAUGCUGAUAUACUUCAAUCGAUCAUUUUAAGACAAAGUUUAGGAUACAUAGUAAUGGAGUAUGGCUGUUUUACUGUAUUGCGUAACAUUUCUCUAACCUCUUCCUUAUCCUCCUCGCCCUAUUGUAUUUCUCUGCCCCCAGGUCCUGCUCCAGAGGGAAUCACAGACAAAAUCUUCCAGAUCAGCAAGAGCCUAACAGAGUACCACAUAUGCCCUGACCUCAAAGUGGACAUCUCCAAGAUCGGCAAGCAGACUUUUGAGGUGGACACAUUCAAGCCCAUGACAGGUAUUGUAGGAUCGGACGGGAUUAGCUGGGAGUCAGCUCUCAACGGACUGGAAUGGGUUAGCUUGGAGACCAAAUCUGUGAGAAGCUCAGUAAAGCACUGUAAACUAAUGUAUGUGCAUAUGUAAUAUCGUUUUAUAAUGUGUCUGUCUUAUCCUGAGUCUAGAAAAAUGCUACAGUAAAUCUUAUCAAUCCUAACUGCUGUUUGUCCUCUACAGUGGAGAUUGUGGACUCUGUGGAGGCCUACGCUGAGAUGCUGAGGGGAAUCUUUGACUUCCAUGCCUUGAAGGGGCUGGUGUCUGGACCCAAUCACAUUAAAGUCCGUCUGGACGCCAUGCAUGGAGGUACGGAACACAUACUGUAGCCUACCUCUCCGGCGCUGGCUGCUGUAUGACUCCUCUCCCAUCCCCAAUGUUUUGUAUUGAAUUGGCUUGUAUAUAUAUUUUUUGAAAUGAUGUCUAACCAAGGUAGAUUAAUUAGAUUCCUGCUCUCAGUACUGUUUGUAUCUCCAGGACAAACACCGUUUUGUGUCUUCAGUACUGUGUGACAUAUUGUCCAAAUGAGUCUAAUCUCUUAAGUGCUGUUUUUAGUUCAGUUAGAUUCCCAACACACACACAAUGCACAUCCACACCCAUAUACAUAAUUACCUUUGCCCCCCUCCACAGUGGUUGGACCCUAUGUGAAGAAGAUCGUCUGUGAGGAGUUGGGCGCUGCCGCCGAUGGUGCUUUCAACUGUGUCCCCAAGGAGGACUUUGGUGGUCACCACCCUGACCCCAAUCUGACCUAUGCCUCUGACCUGGUCAACGCCAUGAAGGGAGGAGAGUACGACCUUGGAGCCGCCUUCGAUGGGGACGGUGUAAGUUGACAGUCGGGGGGACCAGUCCUGGAUUUCAGCCUCAUCUCAUCCUUGCAUAGUCUGACGUUACCAUACUCCCAAGUCUUCUUCAUCACUCGGCUGUAGGAAGCCUGGAAUUGAAGCUAUUCCUUGCAUGACUGGUGUCCCCUAGUGUCAGUAGUACCAGUCCUUGUAUCAGCCCACAAUCCAUCCAACCUCUUCUUUACCUAGUCUCUGCUGCAGUCGGUUCAGAUGCUGAUCCUCCCCUACCCUCUCCUCUCCUCCCCUCUCCUCCCCUACUCUCUCCUUUCCGCUCCCCAGGAUCGUAAUAUGGUCCUGGGAAAGCAUGGCUUCUUCGUCAACCCAUCUGACUCUGUGGCCGUCAUCGCAGCCAACAUCACCUGCAUCCCCUACUUCCAGAAGACUGGGGUCAAAGGUCUGGCCCGCAGCAUGCCCACAAGCGGAGCUCUGGACAAGUGAGCCUGACGUCCACACACAGUCCAUUCAUAGCUUCUUCUUGGUUGUGCCUUAAAUGUUUAUUUAUUAAAUGUAUUUUACUGGGACAGUGCACAUUAAUCAGCAUUUGCUUCCUCAUCAGUGUUUAAUUGCCGGAGUUAGCAAAAGAGCAAAUGUUCAUGUCCUAUCUCUGUCCCUCAGUGUGGCUAAAGCCCUGAAGAUGAAUCUGUAUGAGACUCCUACUGGCUGGAAGUUCUUCGGCAACCUGAUGGACGCUGGCAAGCUGUCUCUGUGUGGAGAGGAGAGCUUCGGCACUGGUGAGUGAGGGAUCCACUUUUUCAAGUAACAUAACAUCCUGAUCUAGCCUGUUACUAUGACCCAUCAGCUCAAACAUUUGGAUGAAUCAAAUUGAUGUUACUUCGUUCCAGUCAGUUGGGCAAGGCAUUGUGGUGAGAGGUGUUAGUACAAGUCUUAACCACCACCCUUCUUCCCCUCCUCUCUUCAUUGUUUACCCCAGGCUCUGAUCACAUCCGUGAGAAGGACGGCUUGUGGGCGGUGCUAGCCUGGAUGUCCAUCCUAGCCCACAGGAAGCAGAGCGUGGAGGAGAUCAUGAAAGACCACUGGAACAAAUUUGGCAGGAACUUCUUCACCAGGUAAGUCUGGGAUGGACUCUUUUGCUCUGCUACCCUCCAGUGGUGAGAUAGAGAACUGCAGUCUGUCUGCAUCAGGGCCACAUUGUGUAGGGCAGGCCUUUGUUUCUCAUAGAGUAUUAGAGUACUUAUAUAACUAUUGUUAGGUUUUCUUUUAUAUCAAGUUAUUCGAUGAUAGCCUCCAUAAAUGUACAGUCUUCCUAUUAAGACCAUUCCCCAACCCAUCCCGUCUACACCAGGUAUGACUAUGAAGAGGUGGACUCAGACAAAGCCAACACCAUGAUCAAGGAGCUGGAGGCUACGAUGUUUGACAAGUCCUUUGUGGGCCAGAAGUUCUCGUCAGGAGAUAAAAGUUAUGAGGUGGCGGUCUCUGACAACUUUGCUUACACCGACCCCGUGGACGGCAGCGUCUCCAAGAACCAGGUAAGAGACAGGACCCAGGGGGCAUCUAGGUUGAGACACCCCCAUUAUGGGACAGGAUCCAGGGGGGGAUCUAGGUUGAGACACCCCAUUAUGGGACAGGAUCCAGGGGGUGUCUAGGCAGAGCCAUUGCAACAUGCAAUUUGGGUAUAGUUUGAUGACUGUAAGUCGCUUUGGAUAAAAGCGUCUGCUAAAUGGCUUAUUAUUAUUAUUAUUAUUAUUAUUAUUAUUAUUAUUAUUAUUAUUAUGUAUAAAUGAUGGAGAGUUCUAACAAUGUUAUGUUACUUGUUAAUAGAAAGAUGACCAUCACAUUUGAUGAAUGAUCCUCCCUAUGUAGGGAUUUGAAGUAUCACCAGAGGCACUUGCAUACUGUACCUUGAACAAUUCCAUUGUUGUUAUUCGUUUUUUUGCUCCAUAUUUCCAGUAAAUUGAGUUCCUUAAGUCAUUUCACCAUAGUCAUCAUAUAGUCAGGCUCUCUCUCUGUCUCUCAGGGUCUGAGGAUCGUCUUUUCCGACGGCUCCAGGAUCAUCUUCCGUCUCAGUGGGACAGGCAGCGCCGGGGCAACCGUCAGGCUCUACAUAGACAGCUAUGAGAAGGACCCCGCCAAGAUCUACGGCGACGCACAGGUGAGGGCUGAGGAUGAUGGGAUGUGACGGGGCACAGUGGGGGAGCCCUUAUACUUGUCAUGACGGCUCGAUGGGAGAUUCAAUAUUUACAAGGUUUGUUACGCUGUCAGAGGGAAUAGCUCUCAAAAAGCUUCCCCUCAGCCUGGAGGGGGAGGGCUGGAAUCUGGACAUAGCAGCCAGCUUGUUUAGAAUUCUAUUUAACCUUUUUUUAACCAGAUUAGUGUCGUUGAGAUAAAAAAAUAAUAUAUUUUUCAAGAGAGACCUGGACCAAGACAGCAGCAUGAACACAUCAGUUUCAGACGAACAGGCAGACCAAAGAUACAUCAAACCAGAUGAAGAUGCAUCGUGAUAUAAAAAGCAGCAUGUCAGUAAAGAACAUGUACACAACACAAGUCAGAAAAAAACGACUGCAAUACGUCAAAUUGCAGAAUCAAAAAUAUUUCAAAUAAAACAGUAUGCUUGCUUACAUAAGGCAAUGCCAACUAGUGACAUCGGGUGACAACUAGAAACAUAUACAUGUCUCAACAACCUGUUAAUCUGUUUGUCCUUUGAACUAUUCUAGGGACACCAGGUCUUGGGGUUUUAGGUUGGCUUGGAGGGAAUUCCAAGACCAAGAGGCUGAGUAAUGAAAAUACUUUUUUCCAUGCUCUGUUCUAAUGUUUGGCACUGUUAGUAUAAAACAAGAUUGGGAUCUGAGCUUGUAUCUGUUUUCAUUUCGAACUAGAAGAGAGGAAAGAUAAAAUGGCAGUUUUCCUAAAAUGGCCUUAUAAAUAAUAAUGUACCAGUGCUUCAGUCUGCGUGUUGCUAUGUCCACCUGACAGCACUGUAGAGAUCACAAUGGUGAGUUAGACGUCUCUGAUUAGUGACGCAAUGAAGGGCUGCAUGAUAUCAUUAAGCUCGAGGCCCUGGGUCUGAACCCCGCCCUGUGCAACUGGGUCCUGGACUUCCUUACGGGCCGCCCCCAGGUGGUGAAGGUAGGAAACAACACCUCCACUAAGCUGAUCCUCAACACUGGGGCCCCACAAGGGUGCUUGCUCAGCCCCCUCCUGUACUCCCUGUUCACCCAUGACUGCGUGGUCAAGCCCGCCUCCAACUCAAUCAUCAAGUUUGCAGACAACACAACAGUAGUAGGCUUGAUUACCAACAAUGACGAGACCGCCUACAGGGAGGAGGUGAGGGCCCUGGGAGUGUGGUGCCAGGAAAAUAACCUCUCACUCAACAUCAACAAAACAAAGGAGAUUAUCGUGGACUUCAGGAAACAGCAGAGGGAGCACCCCCCUAUCCACAUCGAUGGGACUGCAGUGGAGAAGAUGGAAAGCUUCAAGUUCCUCAGCAUACACAUCACUGACAAACUGAAAUGGUCCACCCACACAGACAGUGUGGUGAAGAAGGCGCAACAGUGGCUCUUCAACCUCAGGAGGCUGAAGAAAUUUGGCUUAGCACCUAAAACCCUCACAAACCUUUACAGAUGCACAAUUGAGAGCAUCCUGUUGGGCUUUAUCACCGCCUGCUACGGCAACUGCACCGCCCACAACCGCAGGACUCUCCAGAGGGUGGUGCGGUCUGCCCAACGCAUCACCGGGGGCAAACUACCAGCCCUCCAGGACACCUACAGCACCCUAUGUCACAGGAAAGCCAAAAAGGCCAUCAAGCACAACAACAACCCGAGCCACUGCCUGUUCACCCCGCUAUCAUCCAGAAGGCGAGGUCAGUACAGGUGCAUCAAAGCUGGGACCGAGAGACUGAAAAACAGCUUCUAUCUCAAGGCCAUCAGACUGUUAAAUAGCCUUCACUAGCACAUUAGAGGCUGCUGCCUAUAUACAUAGAUCAGAAAUCACUGGCCACUUUAAUAAAUGGAACACUACUCACUUUAAUAAUGUAUACAUGUCUUGCAUUACUCAUCAUAUAUAUAUAUAUAUAUAUAUAUACAGUGGGGGAAAAAAGUAUUUAGUCACCCACCAAUUGUGCAAGUUCUCCCACUUAAAAAGAUGAGAGAGGCCUGUAAUUUUCAUCAUAGGUACACGACAACUAUGACAGACAAAAUGAGAAAAAAAAUCCAGAAAAUCACAUUGUAGGAUUUUUUAUGAAUUUAUUUGCAAAUUAUGGUGGAAAAUAAGUAUUUGGUCAAUAACAAAAGUUUCUCAAUACUUUGUUAUAUGCCCUUUGUUGGCAAUGACACAGGUCAAACGUUUUCUGUAAGUCUUCACAAGGUUUUCACACACUGUUGCUGGUAUUUUGGCCCAUUCCUCCAUGCAGAUCUCCUCUAGAGCAGUGAUGUUUUGGGGCUGUCGCUGGGCAACAUGGACUUUCAACUCCCUCCAAAGAGUUUCUAUGGGGUUGAGAUCUGGAGACUGGCUAGGCCACUCCAGGACCUUGAAAUGCUUCUUAUGAAGCCACUCCUUCGUUGCCCGGGCGGUGUGUUUGGGAUCAUUGUCAUGCUGAAAGACCCAGCCACAUUUCAUCUUCAAUGCCCUUGCUAAUGGAAGGAGGUUUUCACUCAAAAUCUCACGAUACAUGGCCCCAUUCAUUCUUUCCUUUACACGGAUCAGUCAUCCUGGUCCCUUUGCAGAAAAACAGCCCCAAAGCAUGAUGUUUCCACCCCCAUGCUUCACAGUAGGUAUGGUGUUCUUUGGAUGCAACUCAGCAUUCUUUGUCCUCCAAACACGACGAGUUGAGUUUUUACCAAAAAGUUCUAUUUUGGUUUCAUCUGACCAUAUGACAUUCUCCCAAUCCUCUUCUGGAUCAUCCAAAUGCACUCUAGCAAACUUCAGACGGGCCUGGACAUGUACUGGCUUAAGCAGGGGGACACGUCUGGCACUGCAGGAUUUGAGUCCCUGGCGGCGUAGUGUGUUACUGAUGGUAGGCUUUGUUACUUUGGUCCCAGCUCUCUGUAGGUCAUUCACUAGGUCCCCCCGUGUGGUUCUGGGAUUUUUGCUCACCGUUCUUGUGAUUAUUUUGACCCCACGGGGCGAGAUCUUGCGUGGAGCCCCAGAUCGAGGGAGUUUAUCAGUGGUCUUGUAUGUCUUCCAUUUCCUAAUAAUUGCUCCCACAGUUGAUUUCUUCAAACCAAGCUGCUUACCUAUUGCAGAUUCAGUCUUCCCAGCCUGGUGCAGGUCUAUAAUUUUGUUUCUGGUGUCCUUUGACAGCUCUAUGGUCUUGGCCAUAGUGGAGUUUGGAGUGUGACUGUUUGAGGUUGUGGACAGGUGUCUUUUAUACUGAUAACAAGUUCAAACGGGUGCCAUUAAUACAGGUAACGUGUGGAGGACAGAGGAGCCUCUUAAAGAAGUUGUUACAGGUCUGUGAGAGCCAGAAAUCUUGCUUGUUUGUAGGUGACCAAAUACUUAUUUUCCACCAUAAUUGGCAAAUAAAUUCAUUAAAAAUUCUACAAUGUGAUUUUCUGGAUUUUUUUUCUUCUCAAUUUGUCUUUCAUAGUUGACGUGUACCUAUGAUGAAAAUUACAGGCCUCUCUCAUCUUUUUAAGUGGGAGAACUUGCACAAUUGGUGGCUGACUAAAUACUUUUUUUCCCCACUGUGUGUGUGUGUGUGUGUGUGUGUGUGUAUAUAUAUAUAUAUAUAUAUAUAUACUGUAUUCUUUACUAUUCUACUGUAUCUUAGUCUAUGCCGCUCUGACAUUGCUUGUCCAUAUAUUUAUUUUUAUAUUCUUAAUUCCAUUGCUUUACUUAGAUUUGUGUGUAUUGGGUGUAUGUUGUGAAAUUGUUAGAUAUUACUGCACUGUCGGAGCUAGAAACAUAAGGAUUUCGCUACACCUGCAAUAACAUCUGCUAAAUACAUGAAUGUGACCAAUAAAAUUUGAUUUGAUAUACAGAGUCAAGAACCUUCAGUGUAGAGCUUGAGGAUUGCACAUAAAUAGUAUCAACAUAGUCCAACACAGAGAGAAAGUACAACGAAUCAACUCUGGUGGCAAAGGGAAAACAAGCUUUGUGCCGGUAAUGAAAUUCAAUACACAGCUUGAGUUUCCUGACAAGGUUCUCUACAUGGGUCGUGAAGCUCAACUUCUCAUCCACCCAAACUCCCAGAUAUUUGUACGCUUUAACUUGCUCAAUGGACUGCCCUGCCAAGGUAGGCAUGUCAUGGAUUUCAGAGUGUUUAGCAUUGGAAAAUACCAUGCAUUUUGUUUUAGAGGAAUUCAGAACAAGCUUCAAGUUGUACAGAUUCUGGUGAGUGAUGUUAAAAGCUGUUUGAGCUUUUUCAAAAGCCAGUUAAACUGCUGCCACUUGAAUAGAGAACAGUGUCAUCCGCAUAAAAAUGUACAUCAGCGGUCUCCAUCUGUCUCCCAAUGUUGUUGAUAUAGACAAACAAAAAUUGAUCUUUGAGGCACACCUGAGUGCAGCUCUGAUAUCAGACUUAAAACAAUUUGCCUUAACACACUGGGUCGUCAGGUCCAACAACAGUGCCUUCCAGAACUCCUAGUUGACUUGAGAGGGAAUGUUUGGCUAAGAGUUGAGUCAUGGUUGAUAUCAGGGCCAGGAUGAAGUGGGGGAAAAGGAACCAUGGGGGAAAAAUAAGAUUGAGAAGUACAGAUUUGACACUUCAUCAAGUGGUCAGGAGAGAGAAUGAUAGAGUAAGAAAAAUAGACUGGCAGAAGGGGAAGAAACUCCCUGAUAAUCAUUUUGGAUAAAGAGGACCUCUAUGGCACGGAUUCAUUUAGGCUCACAAAUCUGAAAGGUUUGGAUAGGUGAAAGCAAUAUUGCAGAGGCUCGGCUUGGCCUAUUCGAGGGCAAGGUGGAGUUCUUUGUUUAGUCUAACUGUAGCACAGAAGGGGAAGGUGUUAUGGUAAGGGGCUGUAGUCUAAAAUUGACUGUUUGUCUUCCUCAGGUCAUGCUGAAACCUCUGGUGGAGAUUGCGCUGAAGAUAUCUGGGCUCCACGAGAAGACCGGACGCACCGGCCCCACUGUGAUCACAUAGACUGCCAAGCCCUGACAAACCCUUCAAGGUACCUCUGGCCUUUCAACCGUUCCACUUGUGCCUACCCUCUGACUUCCAGAAGAACAAUCUCACCUCACCUGUACCGUAAUGUUCAAACAAAGCCUUCAAAGGUAACACAUCCAUUCACCAUGAAUAAAAAGUCUACAAAAAA